CCGAAUUACACUCAUUUUAGUUUUUAUUGAAUAAUAUUACAAUUUCCCUAAUAAAAUGUCAACAUCAAUUGAUGAACUGUCAAAAACCGCUUCACCAUCUUUCUCCGAGUUGCCAAUUGAACUGGUAGGUGAAGUUUUGAACAAGUUGGAUCCAAUUGACAGACUUAUUGCCUGGAAAGUUUCGUCCAAAUUUCAAAAGAUCCUUAUGGUCAUGGAACCUGGUUUCAAAGAAAUCAAAGUCGAUUUCAUUGAAAGAAAUGUGCACCUAAUUCUCGAUGGCAAUGUUUUACAGUACAAACCCACAAAAACUGGAUGCAUUGUCAAACGAAAUAAUCAUUUUUCUUCACUAAAAAAUCAUGAUUAUAUCGAAACUGCCAUCAGAGAUCUCAGGCUAAUUUUCAAACGCCCGAAGCUCGAACUGCACUUAUUUAGUGUAAUCAUAGAAAUUCUUUAUAAAAAGGAAGAACGAGAUCGUCUAUAUAUGUUUUUAACGGAGCUUAUGAGAAGAGUGGAACCAAUCAAUACAAAAACAAUAAGCUUUACUCGUAUGCAUUGUGAAGAAAUGAAAUCCAUUUUGUCAUUGUUGAAUGCAAACAAUAUUGAGAAAAUUGAGUUGAAUUUUCAUCAUGGAAUACUUUUGGAAAAUUAUCUUGCACAGUUGGAACAGUGGAAAAAUGCCAAAGAAUUGUGUGCCAGUGCUGUUUUUGCAGGCUUUUACACCUCAAUUGAGAACUUAUUCAAUUUUCGAAAAUUUGAAAUCAAUCUGGAGACUUUUACUGUAGCGGAUGCUGUUAAAAUUAAAAAUAUCCUUCUUAAUUCUGCCAACUUCAACUACUGCAAAAUCGAAUAUUCUAUGCAAUUUGUGGCACAUCGAUUCGAAGUUGCAAGGCUUUUUCAACCAAGCAACACAAAUGGAAAUUUGGAUUAUUUUGCUUACAAAUGCUCUGGAGGGAAUUAUAUCAUAUUCCUUGAUGAUUACCAUCUUGAGAUUCAAAGAGAAAAUGAUGAAAGCUAGAAAUCAAAUUUGUUGAAAAAUUUUUUAUUUGUUGCUUUUGUAGAAUAAAAAAAAAUAGGUGAAGAGUAGUCUAGAUUUGGAAACAAAAAUUAUGAACUUAACAGCAAAUAAGCUUCCGUCGUGUUUUUCUAUAAUAUUUUAAUUAUAUAAGAAACAGUUUUUUAAUAAAAACAAUCAAGCGCAUUGU